AUGAGCGCCGGUGAAGCGCAAACCGAAAGCGAACAAGACCUCACAUCCAAGAAAGCCCAUCCCGUCUGCGUCACUAACGACGACGACCUCAAAAGCAAAACCCCGCGAGUCUCGACCUUAUUCCAAGACUUCUCGAUCCGCAACGAGCCCAAACCUCCACACAACCCAAACCAAACCACACAGCCAGUCUUCAGGCCAUGGGCCCCAGACAUCGCCCUCCUCCUCACAGCCGGCUCCCUCCUCGCCGCCAUCCUCGCCACCACCCUCUCGCAGGACGGCAAGCCCCAGCGCGACUGGACGCUGCCCAUCACCCUCAACGCCCUCGCCAACGUCCUCUCGACGCUCUUCCGCGCGUGCGUCGCCGCCGUCGCCGCGGAGGUGAUCUGCCAGGCGCGAUGGACGUGGUUCUGGUCUGACGAGCGGCGGAUGAUUGAUCUGCAGCACUUCGACAGCGGGAGUCGGGACCUGCUUGGCGCGCUGAGGCUGGGCGGGAUCGUGAGGUGGAGGAGCCCGACAACGGCGAUGGCUGUCUCUGUGGUUGUGGCGUCGUUUGCAGUUGGACCGUGUGUGCAGCAGGCUAUCGGGACGGUUGAGAGGACUGUGAUUGAUCCUGGGGAGGUGGCGAGUAUUCCGACGGCGCGGAGUGUUGAUCUUGAUUCAUACUUCUUUGAGGCGAUUUACCGCGAUGAGGAGGAUGGCAAGAAGGCGACUGAGAGGAUUAUGAGGCCUGAGAUGAGGAUUGCGCUGCAGACGGCUAUACAGAGUCCCCGCGGUGUGGAUUCUUCUGUUGCGCCUAUCUGUCCGACUGGGAAUUGUACUUUCAUGGGGCUCGAGUCCGGUGCACCGGUGGUCGAGCUCGGUGAGAUUACACAUGCGUCUACUGGUCUUUGUUCCAUCUGUACGGACGUCACAGCCCUCGUCAGCGUCGCCGAGGACAACAGCUCGAUAGCGUUGCCGAACGGGAUGAACUUCUCCACGGGCCGAACGACAAUGAGUAUGGCGUUUGGCUCGGGAGAUUUAUCUUGGGCUAACAGCGUCAUGCCUGAGCGAGCUGUAUCUCUGGCGGAGCAAGCUCUAUCUAACAUCACCGUCCUCACAACACAGAGCCCUAUCGGCGAUAGGUACGGCGCCCCGUUCGUCCAUACUCGCAUGGCACUCUCCUGCUCUCUGUACCUCUGCCUGCGGAGUUACUCGGGGGUGGUCCAGAAAACCCAGCUCAGGGAGAAGCUCGUUUCUGAGGUUCCCAUGUACCACGACCCGAUGUACGACGGCGUCGAGCACCAAUGGGUCAAGAACGGCAGCUACCUCGCCCCCCGCACGCCCUGCGUAAUCAACGGACGAAACUACACGGCCGAAGCCGAGGCCGGCAGCCUCAACAUCACCACGUUCUGGGCGCCCGACGCCGCGGAGUGCAUAUACAGCGUCGCCCCAACCUUUGCCGACGGACUGUCGUCAUUUCUGAACCAGGCGUUUAACGAGACCUGCACCUUUAGCGCCUUCCAGGACGGGAACCUCUGGUGCAAGAACAACUUCUGGCUCUCUGAGCUAUGGUAUCGGGGCAACGCGACGGUUGACCUUGUUUCUGGGCAUUUCGCGGAUAUUGCCACUGCGGUGACGAACCAGUUCCGGCGCGGUCUGGGGAGGCAGGAAGGCUCGAUAUCUGAGGCUGAAGGCCAGGCACUUCAGUAUGUUGUGUUUGUGGUCAUUGACAAGGGGUGGCUCGCCUUUCCGGCUGUGCUGCUUGCGCUGGAGGCGGUGUUGCUGGGCGUGAUGAUUGCAAGGAGUUGGCGGUUGAGAGAUGAGGAAGCUGUUUGGAAAGGCAGUAUCUUGCCUUUGAUCUUCUAUAGGAGCCAGUUUGCAGGGUCUGGGGAACUUGUUCCUUCUGAGGGGCGGUUGAUGACGGUGAAGGAGAUGGAGAGUGAUGCGCGGAAUAUUUGUGUGAAGUUUCCUCGGACCCGGACAGGGGAUGAGAUGAGUCUGCACCAUGUCGCGCAAUAG